UCAGUUUGACCAGAUCGAUGUUUUGAUCUUUCCUGUCAAAAAUCCGGUAGGGUUUUCAAGCUUCAGUAUUGUCAUGUGAGAAGAAGUAUUCUGAGGCAGUAAACUAAACGCAAGUCAUCUUGCGAUACGCCUGCUAGUCAAUAACCAGGUAUUUCCAUCUACCAAAUCAUGUCAGGAAGUAAUCUUGUUGUGCCCAUCAUUCUUUGGGGCCGUCAUGCCCCUACGCACUGUGUGUCUGCCAUCUUGAUGACCUCUGACCAGAGGAAUAUCAUCACAGGAUGUAACGACGGUCAGAUUAUAAUUUGGGAUGUCUUAGAGGAUUGGACGAUAUACCCUAGAAGUAUGCUAUAUGGUCAUAAUGCUGCUAUCAACUGUCUGGCCAUGGCUAGCAAGAAUCCACAUAAGCCUUAUAUAGCAAGUGCUGCAGAUAAUGGGGAGAUCUGUCUGUGGGAUGUAAGUGAUGGGAGGUGUAUAGAACAUCACAAAAGUGCCAGUGUUCACACCAGUAUGCAGUCAUACCACAUGUUAGACUGUAAAGACUUUCGUCUAGUCUGUAAUGGCUACUACCCAGAGAUCCAGAUCAUAGACCCCGCGAACCUGACGCUGCUCUAUACACUGUCCUCUAAGAUUUCCUCAGAUUGGAUCAGUGCAUUUUGUAUCCUAAGACCUGUGAAUAGAGAAGAUGAUGUUGUUGUGGCCAUCUCUAAUUCUGGAACAGUCAAAGUUUGGACCUUGGAGCCUAAUUCUUUAAAGAAUAAAGAGAUAUUUGAGGAUGAGUCUAAGCACAUCCGCUGUCUCAAUGCCCAGACCUUGACCUGCUGUGCUUAUAACCAGCGUACUGUGUUGAUUGUCUGCUCCAAGUACUGGCAGAUCUAUGGCUGUGUAGCUCCUAGUAUUGGCGAUCCAGAGAUCUAUGAUGCAGGGGAUUUCUCCCUGCUGUGUUCAGAGUCUGCCAGAACGGGAGAGAGGUGGUCGGGCGGAGAGUUCAUCGCCGUGGACAAAGUCAUUGUGUGGAGCAGUGAGGGGAAGGGAUAUCUCUACAAACUGCCCAUGAAUCUACUAAAGGGCAAGGUGCUGCAGAGUGCUAACCCCAAGAGUCAAGAAUUUCGUAAAAUGGUGGGGAACGUGGUAAAGGAAAACGCAGCCCCCAUGACGUAUGGUGUUCUGGAUGUGUUGCAGGAGCAGAAACUGGUCUGUUCCCCAGCGAUGACCUACUUCUUUGGCACGAUGUGGAAGCAGCAGAAGAUGUUACUGCGUGGGGACUCUGAGGGGAGAAUCGUGGUCUGGUGCAUUCCUGAGGUCACAGAGCAGCAGAUGACACUGGUGAGACAGGAGAGUUUUGAUAGGCUGCCAGCUGUCCACCCCAAGGCCAGCUUGACCCUCCAGGAGGCCUGGGACUCACUGGACACUUCUCCUGUGGGGAUACUGGACUUACUGUCUAAUGAAGGAGAAAAGCCCCAGCAGAUCACAGCCACCAUCUACAUCCCCUCCCAGGGACGGCUGGUGUGUGGGCGGGAGGAUGGUUCCAUCGUUAUUGUCCCCGCCACACAGAGUGUUAUCAUGCAACUUCUGGACUCCAAACACAAGAUCAAACAUGACCAUGCUGUCCACAAAGUACUAGAUGGACACAAGGGCCGAGUGACUGCCCUGUUGUACCCAUUCAAUGACGGAGCACGCUACGAGCCCCAGCACCUUGUCUCCGGCGGAGCAGACUUCUGCGUAUUUCUAUGGGACAUCUACACUGGGAUCAAACUCCACACAUUUACUGUCCAUGGUGGAGAGAUUACGCAGCUGAUGGUGCCUCCAGAUGGGUGUAACGCUCGUAUACAACCCUGCAUCUGUUCAGUGGCAAGUGACCAUUCUGUGGCUCUCCUGAGUCUGAAGGAAAGAAAAUGUAUCACGAUGGCAAGCCGCCACAUGUUUCCAGUGCAGACCAUCAAGUGGCGCCCCCUGGAUGACUUUAUGGUGGUAGGCUGCACAGACGGUACAGUGUACGUGUGGCAGAUGGAAACAGGUCACCUGGACCGUGUUGUCCAUGGUACCACGGCCGUGGACAUCCUUCAUGCCUGUGAUGAGAUGAUGAAGGCGGAGGGUCACUCUGUGCACCACAGUGAGUCUCUGGUCAACCCCACCAUCAGCAUAGCUCAGGCAUUCAGGAGGAGAAACCUGGCCACCUUCAAGAACUUAGCCGAGCAGAAAUUUAAGCAGAUCAACCAGCCAGGCUCAGAUCCUACCCGUAAUCGUCCUGACCUCAGUGGUAAAACACAGGCCUUCCCCAUGAUGAUACAGGGCAUCAAGGCCAACCUCAGAGACCCAGAGUCACAUGUUCUCUUCUUUGAUACAGAGGCUCUCAUAGUACAAUUACUAAGUGAUGAAUAUGCAGCCAUGUCUCCAGGCACCAUGGAGGCGCAUGGUAUAAAGACCAUAUCCCAGCAUUCCCAGUCAGAGCAGAAGACGGGCACUGAUGAAAUAAAGCAGAAAUUUGAAGGUUUUCUAGCCAAGGUCAAGGACAAGGCAGAGAAUGUUGGCCAGGAGAUUCAGGCCAGAAUGGAGGCUGCUGGGAAGCCUCACCAUGCAGGCACUCACCGCCCUCACUACCAUAAACACCAUGAGAAAGGUGGCACCACUCACAAGGGCGGAGGUAAACCACAACGGCCCUCGCAGCCUCCACAGUAUCACCACAGAAAGCAUGCCCAGCGCAGGCCUAAAAAUAUCUAUCUAACAGAGGGGAACCUGACCAUGGAGAUCGCCCAGUUGUUGAUGUCCUGUCUUCAUGCCUGGGGCUUAGACCCUGAUCUGGACAAGUUGUGUAUCAGCAAACUAGGCCUCCUGACACCUUUAGCGCCAAUCUCCUUUGGCCUGAUCUCCCGUGGGGGUCACAUGUCCCUCCUCCUACCUGGCUGGCACAAGAAGCUCUGCCUCCAGUCUAAGCUUGUCUUGGACAAGAAGGGCAAGUCUGCAGAGUCGACUGCCUCACCGGCGCCAUCUGUUGACAGGGAAGCCCAGUUGUUCACCAGCAGAGCUCACUGGGAAGUGUCGGAGGCGGUGACCACCCAGCACCUGCUGUCUGUUAUAUCUAUUGCUAACACUGUGAUGAGUAUGAACAGUGCCUCCUUCCUGGUGGGGAAAUCUCCUGUCUCUUUGACAAGGAAAAUCUUUGACAGCCAAGGUUUGCUGAUGUCACAGACAUUCUCCAGCUCAGACGAGGAUGAUACAGAUGGUACAAGCUCUGCAGACUCUAUUGUCAUUGAGCAGGCACAGACUAAGCAAGGCUGGAGCCUGCUGGCCACCCUGCACUGCGUCUUAUUACCAGACUUGGUGGGCACAGACCUGUACAAGAAUCCCAAGCUACAAAUGCUGGCCAGUAGGUGGCAGGACAGGUGCCUGGAGCUUCAACUUCUAUCCAGUAUGUGGCAGCACCGCUCUGUACAGAUCCGUGAAGCUGCCCAAGCCCUCCUAUUGGCUGAACUGAGGCGCCUUGGUCCUGAGGGUCGAAGGAAAGUGGUCCAAGAGUGGGCGCCAUAUUUACCCAAUUACAUCGACCCCAGUCUCGGUCCACAGGAAGCCCAUGGUGCAGUGUCUUCUGGGAAAACUGAGGAGUUGCCUGAGGAGGAGGAGGAGGAGCAAGAGGAUAUCUCUG